CGAAAUGUCUCUCUGCGGCGGGUUGGAAAAAAAUCUACGUCUGUGAUCUUCCAAGCAAGUACGAGACACUGCAGGAGGCAUGGAAGGACAAUGCGAGUGUCACUGUACUGAAGGAUGGUCACCUAGUCGCUCGCAUCGCAGACUGGAUAAUGUACUCGGUGGAGGCCGAGUACAUUGAGCGAGUAGUCGCGGAAUACGGCCCAUCUACGAAGGUCGGCGCAAUUGUCGCGGGGCAGACAUCAGUAAAAGCCCCUGAAAAGGCUGCGUUCGAGAAGCACCUGCCGGAGGAUGUGCACAUCGUAUCGUGUCACUCGCUACACGGACCAACGGUGUCGCCAUUGGGUCAGCCCUUAGUCUUGAUCAAACACCGUGGGCCCGACGACGCGUUGCGCCUUGUCGAGUCCAUUCUGAGGCCGCUCCAGUCACGCUACGUGUACAUGUCCUACGUGGAGCAUGAUAUCGUGACAGCAAACACCCAAGCGGUCACACAUGCUGCGUUCCUGAGCAUGGGAUCGGCAUGGGCGGGCGAACAAACCUACCCCUGGGAACAUGGCUACUAUGUGAAAGGUAUCGAGACCGUCAAGGUCAACAUCAUGCACCGGAUCUACUCGAACAAAUGGCACGUUUAUGCCGGACUGGCCAUCUUGAACCCGUCUGCAACCAUUCAGAUCGACCAGUAUGCGCGGAGCACGACCGAGAUCUUCAAGCUGAUGCUCGCGGCAGACGACGUGGGCCUCAGAAAGCGGCUCUACGACGCGCGCGACACCGUCUUCGGCAAAAACGGCACCGACGUCAGGCGGAAGCGCAUCCUGCUCUCCGAAGACAUCCUCGACAAGUUCAGCCUGGGCAAGCGUCCGCCCACGGAUACCGCGCUGUCGCCGAUCGAGGGCCGUGCACCGCCAAACUCGCACCUCUCUCUGCUCGCCAUGGUGGACUGCUGGGCGCGCCUGGGCAUCCAGCCCUUUGUGCACCUCGAGCUCGCCGCGACGCCCAUCUUCCGCCUCUGGAUCGGCGUCGCGGAGUACCUCUUCCGCUCGCAGGAGCGCCUGGACGCCGCGAUCUUCGCCGCGCUGUACGACACCUCGCAUCGGUCGAACGACAUGGAGUUCGUCAUCGCUGCGCGCGGGUGGAGCCAGUGCAUCUCGUUCGGCAGCUUUGAGUUGUACAAGCAGCGCUUCCAAGAGACGGCGCAGUUCUUCCAGUCGCAGUUCGAGGACGCGACGAAAAUCGGCUCGGCGAUGAUUCAGGCCAUCAUGGAGAGCUCGAAGGACGCAUAGCGCGGAGUCUGUGUCGGGGUGUGUACUGAGCCACUCAUGUAGCUCAAUAAAAAUAUUGUUGUUUCGAAUUCAAGGUGUAACAAAAAGACAGACUGG